GCAGAUGGGCACUGUUGGUAAGCCCAUUUCAAAAUAACAGAGCAUCUUCCUAUGUGUUUAAUUUAUAUAUAAAGCAGAAACAGAAGGAAGAUGGAGGCUUGCUCGAUAAUAGGAGAGAGCACGGAUGCGAUAGUGAUGGAUUCUCCUACAGAUGAAAUGGAAAUUCACGAGGCUUGCCAAAGUGGGAUCCCGGCGGUGUCUCUGUGCCCUCCUGACAGCGAGGGUUCAGCGGAGGCCCAGUUGACAGUUGACCAGUCGGAUGGGGAGCUUUGUGACAGCUGCAGCAGCCUCGGCAGACCCUCUUCCUCCUGCCAGCUUUAUCACCAAGUUCCCCAACCUGGGGCCUACGAAUCGCAACAGAACCGGAUAUGUCCCCACUGUAACCAUUACGGUCCAAUCAAACCAAACACCUGCCGCGACUGCCAUUUAAACCCAACAGGUCCUCAUGCAGAAGGAGAGGUAGUGAUGAGAGCGGGUCGUAGUUCUGCACAUCAGACGUCUAACCACGGCGCGGUGAGAUGUCAUUGGCUGCAUGGGUCAAAUGAAAGCAAGACAAAGAAGCCUACACAGCGACAUGUGGUGACAGUAAGGGAUGGAGGACUCUACUAUAUUCUUAGAAAUUAUUCCCAGGUGAUAGUGGACUACCCGUUAGCGGUGCUGGUGGGCUGUGCCGUGCUGCUGCUGGGAUGCUCUCUGGCCGGACUCUUUAUCGGUCCUCUGCCGGACUUCUCCGAUCCGCUUCUGGGCUUUGAGCCACGGGGAACAUACAUUGGAGUUCGCCAGUCCAGCUUGUCCGAGCUGCAGGAGAACACCGGCCCGGGGAGAAAACUGUCUCCUUUACCGCAGCAGCUCAGCAAAAGUUUCGGAGGGGUUGUAAGUGGAGAUAGCGGUGGCAGCCAGGAAACCUCCGGGCUUCGCUUCAAGAGGAUGCUGGCUCGAGACUCAUCUCCAGACACGUUCCUCUGCGACGCUCCAGGCAAGCAUCUGGCUCAGCUGGUGUUUCGAUCUGAAAACUCGGCCAGUCUCUGGAGUCUGAAGGCGAUCCACGCCAUGUGUGAGAUGGAGCAAUCCAGGAUUCGCUCCCAGGCUCAGUUCCAGGACUUGUGCCAGCAGCAUGUGAGGGGCGAGGCGGAGGGAGCGUCCCGAGGCGGCUGCUGUCCCAGCUGGUCUCUGGGGAAUUACUUGGCUGUCCUCACUAAUGCGUCCUGCUGCCUCAGCCUCACCUCACACCAGGUGUCUGAGUCUCUGAACCUUCUCCGGAAAUGUGCUCUGCAUUAUCACGAAGGACACCUAGUGGAGGCGUGUGUCGAGAGACCCAAACACGGCGGCUGUUCCUCCGUCCCGUCCCGCUGUAAACAAUCCCGUGUGGUGUUCCAAAUCCUGCACUACCUGGUCGAUAAAGACUUCCUGGGCCCACAGACUGUUGCAUACCAAAUCCCUACGCUGAAGUACAGCCUUCUGUUCUUACCCGUCGACAAGGGGGAACACAUGAUGGAGAUCUACAUGAAGAGUCUCGAAGGCAGGGAUCUGACAUACAACAAUACAACCAUCACUGGCAUGGACUUUGGCAUCAAGCAGAAGCUUUUCAAGUAUUACCUGGCAAGAGAUUCAAUUUACCCUGUGCUAGCUGUUGUGUCUCUUCUUUUCACGAUGGCUCUUUAUCUCCACUCUCUCUUCAUAGUUGCAUUAUCUGUAAUAGCAAUCGCAGGCUCCCUCCUGACCUCCUAUUUCUUCUAUAAAGUAGCAUUUCGCCUGACUUUCUUCCCCCUGGUCAACCUCUCUGCAGCUCUAUUUCUCUUAGGAAGCUGCUCCAACCAGGUUUUCAUCUUCGCCGAUUUCUGGAAUCAGCAGCUAUCCCAGAGUCCCUCAGCCUCCCUGGAGAAAAGAGUAAACAGAGCUUUGCAGGAAGUCGGCUAUUUGAUUUUAGCGUCAGGGUUGACCUCCAGCGCAGCAUUUUUCUCUGGUUAUCUCAGCAGCAUCACAGCCAUCAGAUGUUUCUCUGUUUAUCUAGGAACGGCCUCAUUUAUCAGCUCCAUCUUGGCAUUGGUGUGGCUGCCGUGCUCUUUUAUUCUGCGCGAGCGCUACACGGAAGCAUCCUCUGCGUCUGUAGCAGUGCAGGGAUGGAAACCAUGCUGCUCCAAAAACGCCGGCGGCUUCUGGGACACAAGCUCACGCAAGAGAUGCCUCUUCACACUCGGGCAGAAGCUGAGAGAAUUAAAAAGAGGAAUCAGCGACACUUCCAACUUGUUAUUUCUGAAAAUCCUGCCUUGUGGGGUGGUGAAGUUUAGGUAUAUUUGGGUUUGCUGGUUUGCAGUGCUCGCUGCGGGAGGCACUUACAUGUCCUGUAUUGAACCUUGCAUGAAGCUGCCCACCUUGGACAGCAGUGUGGCCAAGCUUUUCCGCUCAAGUCACCCGUUUGAAAGAUACGAUGCAGAGUAUCGACAUAUGUUUAUGUUUGAGAGACAAAGGAAUGGAGAGGAUAAACCAGUUACCUUAAUGCUUGUUUGGGGUGUCAAACCAACUGAUAACGGGGAUCACUUUAACCCCAGGAGCAAUGGCUCUUUGGUUCUGGACCCAGACUUUAACAUGAGCCAUCCAGAUGCUCAGGUUUGGUUAAGGGACUUAUGUGGACGCGUUCAGAACAAAAGCUUUUAUUCCCUUCCUUCACCUGAGGAUAAAGACGUUACGACGGACAAUAUCUGUCUUGUGGAGGAGCUAAUUCAGUGGGUUUCUGUCAGACGGUGCUCAGAAAGUGAUGACAAUUCUUGCUGUAACGACAUCCCUUUCCCCUACACUCCCAGCGUUUUUGAGAACUGCCUCAGUAUGAUGCUGGCGGAGAGGUAUGCUGAAGGCCAUCUGGCCCACAGCGGAGGUCUGUACUUCCAGCCAGAUGGCAGGGUCGCAGCUCUUGUGUUGGGAUUCAAAACCACAUACCUCUACAGCUUCAACUUCAGCAGAACCAGUCUUUUCUACAGAGAAAUCCUGACAUGGUUCAACAGAGAAAUAUCAGGAGCACCACACGGGCUGGAGAAGGGUUGGUUCAUCAGCCAGCUGUCUCUUUUUGAUCUGCAACACGUUUUAAGCUCGGAGACUCUCGUAGUAGCUGGCUUCUCAGUAGCCAUCACGUUUGCUUUACUUCUCUUAACCACCUGGAAUAUUCCACUGAGCAUUUAUGGGACCGUAGCUGUAGGGGGAAGUGUUUUUGUGACAAUUAGCCUGCUUGUUCUUCUUGAAUGGCAGCUGAGCGGCAUCGAGGCUCUGUUUAUCUCAUCAGCAGCAGGGCUCUCUGUUGACUUUGUUGCAAACUACUGCAUUUCCUACACCUUGGCUCCUCAUUCAGACAAAAUUGGGAAAGUAGCCCACUCCACUAAAAGGAUGGGAUGCCCUGUAGCAAUAGUUUCUGGUGCAUUUUUCUCCAUGGGGAUCAUCAUGUUGCCUUCCACGGUCUUGCUGUUCAGAAAACUGGGGAUAUUCCUCUUUUUGGUGAAAUGUGUAGCAUGUGGAUUUGCAACCUUCUUCUUCCAGUCUCUUUGCUGCUUUUUUGGACCCCAGAAAAACUGUGGCAAGAUCACGUUACCAUGUUUUUCAGAUUACAAUGACGGAGCGCUGAACUCUUGCUCUGCAGCAGAGCCUGGAUCCCCGGCAGCCUCGGCUUCGAACGGGGCGUUUGGCAGAUCCAGAAUGAGGAGGAGUUAUGACAAAGAAGCAGGAGGCUAUCUGUACCCCGACCCCCAGCGUCAGCAGAGACAGAAACAGACUGCAGCCGGGGGAGGAGGGGGCCGAGGGCCAGAGCAGUACGAGCUGCAGCCAUUGGCCUAUCGACUGAGCGACAGCUUUGAAAACAGCACCUGUACCAGUAAGCUGUCCAACCAGCCGUCUGUGCUCUCUGAUGAGAUCGAGUACUGCCGGGGAGAAGUUGGCAGGAAUAGCAUGGAUGGGGGAAGUGAGGAGAUGUGCAGUCAUCAAAAUAAGACCAGCCAGCAACCUCCAGCUCUUCAGACUUCAUCUCCAUACAAAGAAAACACCCUGCGGCCUGUAGGAGUCACCCGGGAAGAUGCAGCGAAGGAUAAGCUGCUGUGUAACACAUGCAGAGGUCAGUCUGGUGGGGUGACACACUGGAGCAAUACAACCUUCUCCUCAUCUUCCAGCAUGGAGGACACCAUCAUCAGCCACACAUUGGAGACUAUCGACCAGACAUCCCUCAGUAAAGAUGACCAAAUCACAGAGGACAGUCACCAGCCCUGCUCCGACAGAGGGCGUCUCUCCUCGCAGUCUCAGAGCUUCUGCGAGGGCCUGGAAGACUCGAAUGAAACUUGUCUGAGUGACAUAGAGCCAGGGCCUUCCAACACGCGGCAAAAUGAAGCAGAAGAAGAGUUUCAGUUGCAACCAGGACAUCUAAACGGGAAGAGAGAUACACUUCGUCUCUCACUGAAAGACCCUGUUUACCAGACAAGUAAGGGUCGCAACAGUCAGAGUGAAGAAGCCGUCAUCUUACCCAACAGUAAGCCCGACCUGCCAGAUGUUUGGAUAAAGAGGGAUGGACAGCGGGAGGAUACAUGUUGAGCAAAGUUGGAGGAAUUUUUGCAAUCACUGUGUACAUUGCUUUGAAUAUAUAUAUAAAGACGAACUGUAGUUAUAAAAGCAUAUAUAAACUACAAAAGGAGCAUACAGUGUUGCUUUUGUGUAACACUCAAGGGGAAUUUAAGCCAACAGCAAAUGUAACAUGUGACAGCAUGUUGUUUAAAAGUUGCUGCUAAGGUUUUUGCAGUGUGUGCUACAGGGUCCGAGCAUGAGUGUCUCCUCAGCGAAAAGUCAAUAUAAAGCAUGACUUCUUAAAAACGGCUUUUUUCAUCUGAGGCAAUUAACAUGAAGCUUUCUUACAAAAAAAGUGCUGCACCUGGAGAGUUUACUUUGUGCCUGGACUGGGUUUUAAGAAAACACAGUGUCGCCCGGUGCAGCCGCCAGCCUUUCUACAUGCUGGAUUUGACCUUUAAGAGCCAUAUACAUUUAUGGACAUCUGAAUAUCAGAAGAUAGAUUGAGUAGCAAACUUUCACUUUACUAUGGUCAGUUGAUCUUGCACUUUGUGGAGAGAACAGUAAAUUAUAAUAAUUUAUAAUAAUAUCCUAAGUAUUAUCGGUUUGGAAUUUGGCCAUUAUGUACAGUAUGUCCUUUGUGACCAUGACGUAGAAAGCUACAUGUAGUAAUGUGUCCUUUGUAGUGUCAUGGCUUGGUUGCUUUUAGUGUUUCACCGUCAAAUUAAGAGUCAUUCCGUUUAUUCCAGUGUCAGUGCCAAAUAUAUUUUUAUGUUUACUGUACUUAAAAAGGCAAAAAAGGGUUUCUAAUGCAGAGAAAACUAUAUGUGGGUUUAUACACAUGUCUUAGCCUUGAAAAGGAAGAAGCUCUCAUUUCUGUUUUCAAAGCAGUAGUUGUGCCAUCACAUGCAACUCCUUCAACAGCAACACACUGUACAAACUUUGCUGCAGCACGGUUAAUAUAAACUCAGACAGAAAAUAAAAGGAGGCCUUUAUCUACACGCUGCCCCACAGCUGGGAUGUCCCAUCAGCUGUUUUUUAUGUGUUAAUAGCUAUUCAUGAAUCAGCAUGUGCCAAACGUCUGUCAGAAACAGCUGAAAGUGUGUUUUGUGAAAAGGGUGUGUCCUUUUAAAAAGUAAAAUAAGAGAUGUGUCUAUGUUCCUUUUAUGAUAUUGCGUAUAUAAAGAACAGUGGCGUUUGGGGUGCAUCAAUGGUGGUUCUAGCAUAACACCUAGACAAGAAGGUACUUGUGUUUAAUGUGCCUAUGAGCAGUGUUAUUCGCAAGCUUUCUCUUUGUAAAAAGUGUUUGCUUUUGACAUAUUGACUGUAUAAUCACAAUUCUUCAAUGGGCCUUCACUCUACAGCACUCAGCAGAAAACAACCUGCCUAUGAACAGUAGAACUUAAACGAUUACCACCACUAUUAUUAUUUACAGAUGUAAUGUUGUGCAUUUUUUCACGUAACAGAAAUAAAUGAAAAAAACAUUUAUUUUCCUGCA